AUGUCGGCUCCGCUCGGGCCCCGGGGCCGCCCGGCUCCCACCCCGGCGGCCUCUCAGCCUCCUCCGCAGCCCGAGAUGCCGGACCUCAGCCACCUCACGGAAGAGGAGAGGAAAAUCAUCCUGGCUGUCAUGGAUCGUCAGAAGAAAGAAGAGGAGAAGGAGCAGUCCGUGCUCAAGAUCAAAGAAGAACACAAACCACAACCGACACAGUGGUUUCCCUUUAGUGGGAUCACUGAACUGGUAAAUAACGUUCUUCAGCCCCAGCAAAAACAACACAAUGAAAAGGAGCCCCAGACAAAGCUGCAUCAGCAGUUUGAAAUGUAUAAGGAGCAAGUCAAGAAAAUGGGAGAGGAGUCACAGCAGCAGCAGGAGCAGAAGGGCGACGCCCCGACCUGUGGCAUCUGCCACAAGACAAAAUUUGCAGAUGGAUGCGGCCAUAACUGUUCAUAUUGCCAAACCAAGUUCUGUGCUCGUUGUGGAGGUCGAGUGUCGUUACGCUCAAACAAGGAGGACAAAGUGGUUAUGUGGGUGUGUAAUUUGUGCCGAAAGCAACAAGAAAUCCUCACUAAAUCAGGAGCAUGGUUUUAUAACAGUGGGUCUAAUACACCGCAGCAGCCCGAUCAAAAGGUUCUUCGAGGGCUUCGAAAUGAGGAAGCCCCUCAGGAGAAGAAGGCAAAGCUACAUGAGCAGCCCCAGUUCCAAGGACCCUCAGGUGACUUGUCAGUACCUGCAGUUGAGAAAGGUCGCGCUCAUGGGCUCACAAGACAGGAUUCUAUUAAAAAUGGAUCAGGAAUGAAGCACCAGAUUGCCAGUGACAUGCCUUCAGACAGAAAAAGAAGUCCAUCAGUGUCCAGGGAUCAAAAUCGAAGGUACGACCAAAGUGAAGAAAGAGAGGAAUACUCACAGUAUGCUCCUUCAGAUAGCACAAUGCCGAGAUCUCCAUCAGAUUAUGCUGAUAGACGAUCUCAACGUGAACCUCAAUUUUAUGAAGAACCUGAUCAUUUAAAUUAUAGAGAUUCUAACAGAAGAGGCCAUAGACAUUCCAAAGAGUAUCUUGUAGAUGACGAGGAUGUGGAGAGCAGAGAGGAGUAUGAAAGACAAAGGAGGCAGGAGGAGGAGUACCAGGCACGCUACAGAAGUGAUCCAAAUUUGGCCCGGUAUCCGGUAAAGCCACAACCCUAUGAAGAACAAAUGCGGAUCCAUGCUGAAGUGUCCCGGGCAAGACAUGAGAGAAGGCACAGUGAUGUUUCUUUGGCAAAUGCUGAACUAGAAGAUUCCAGAAUUUCUCUGCUAAGGAUGGAUAGACCAUCAAGGCAAAGAUCUGUAUCUGAACGUAGAGCUGCAAUGGAAAACCAACGAUCGUAUUCAAUGGAAAGAACUCGAGAGGCUCAGGGACAAAGUUCUUAUCCACAAAGGACCACAAAUCAUAGUCCUCCUACCCCUCGGAGGAGCCCUAUACCACUUGAUAGACCAGACAUGAGGCGUGCUGACUCCCUACGGAAACAACACCACUUAGAUCCCAGCUCUGCAGUGAGGAAAACGAAGCGAGAAAAAAUGGAAACCAUGUUAAGGAAUGAUUCUUUGAGUUCAGACCAGUCCGAGUCAGUGAGGCCACCCCCACCAAGGCCUCAUAAAUCCAAGAAAGGAGGUAAAAUGCGCCAGGUUUCACUGAGCAGCUCAGAGGAGGAGUUGGCAUCCACACCCGAGUAUACGAGCUGUGACGACGUGGAGCUCGAAAGCGAGAGCGUGAGUGAGAAAGGGGACAGUCAAAAGGGAAAAAGAAAAACUAGUGAGCAGGGAGUUUUGUCGGAUUCUAACACCAGGUCUGAGAGACAAAAGAAAAUGAUGUACUUUGGUGGCCACUCUUUGGAAGAGGAUUUGGAAUGGUCUGAGCCUCAGAUUAAGGAUUCUGGGGUAGAUACCUGUAGUAGCACAACUCUUAACGAGGAGCAUAGCCGUAGUGAUAAGCACCCUGUGACCUGGCAGCCAUCCAAAGAUGGAGAUCGCCUAAUUGGUCGUAUUUUAUUAAAUAAACGCUUAAAAGAUGGGAGUGUACCUCGAGACUCAGGAGCAAUGCUGGGCUUAAAGAUGUGUAAUCCUGCAAAUACACCACAGCCACUCAUGCAGAUGUACACCUGCAAACACAUAUAUCCAGGUACACUAAUGCACAUGUACAUCUGUGAACUUAUACAUCUAGAUAUUCCUAGAAUACCUGAUAGCACGCAUGCACAACUGGAGUCCAGUUCUAGCUCAUUUGAAUCUCAAAAAAUGGAUCGUCCUUCUAUCUCUGUUACCUCGCCCAUGAGUCCUGGCAUGCUGAGGGAUGUCCCUCAGUUCUUAUCUGGACAGCUUUCAAUAAAACUAUGGUUUGACAAGGUUGGUCACCAGUUGAUAGUUACAAUUUUGGGAGCAAAGGAUCUCCCUUCCAGGGAAGAUGGGAGGCCAAGGAAUCCUUAUGUUAAAAUUUACUUCCUUCCAGACAGAAGUGAUAAAAACAAGAGAAGAACAAAAACAGUGAAGAAGACUUUGGAACCCAAAUGGAACCAGACUUUCAUUUAUUCUCCUGUCCACCGAAGAGAAUUCCGGGAACGAAUGCUCGAAAUUACCCUUUGGGAUCAAGCUAGAGUUCGAGAAGAAGAGAGUGAAUUCUUAGGAGAGAUUCUAAUUGAAUUGGAAACAGCUCUGUUAGAUGACGAGCCGCACUGGUACAAACUUCAGACCCAUGAUGUCUCCUCACUGCCGCUCCCUCACCCUUCCCCUUAUAUGCCACGGAGACAGCUCCAUGGAGAGAGCCCAACACGCAGGUUGCAAAGGUCGAAGAGAAUAAGUGACAGCGAGGUGUCCGACUAUGACUGUGAGGACGGCGUGGGAGUAGUAUCAGAUUAUCGACACAAUGGCCGAGAUCUUCAAAGCUCCACAUUAUCCGUGCCAGAACAAGUCAUGUCAUCAAACCAUUGCUCACCAUCAGGGUCUCCUCAUCGAGUAGAUGUUAUAGGAAGGACUAGGUCAUGGUCGCCUAGUGUCCCUCCUCCUCAAAGUAGGAAUGUGGAACAGGGGCUUCGAGGGACACGUGCUACUGGCCAUUACAAUACAAUUAGCAGAAUGGACAGACACCGAGUCAUGGAUGACCAUUACUCUUCAGAUAGAGACAGGGAUUGUGAAGCAGCAGAUAGACAGCCAUAUCACAGAUCCAGAUCAACAGAACAGCGGCCUCUCCUAGAGCGGACCACCACCCGCUCCAGAUCCUCUGAACGUCCUGAUACAAACCUCAUGAGGUCGAUGCCUUCAUUAAUGACUGGAAGAUCUGCCCCUCCUUCACCUGCCUUAUCGAGGUCUCAUCCUCGUACCGGGUCUGUCCAGACAAGUCCAUCAAGUACUCCAGUAACAGGACGGAGGGGCCGGCAGCUCCCACAGCUUCCCGCAAAGGGAACGUUGGAGAGAAAAGACGUGGACUCCACAAGGAAGAGAAGUGCAGGUGCUAUGGAUAUAGAGGAGAGAAAUCGCCAAAUGAAACUUAACAAAUACAAACAGGUAGCCGGAUCAGAUCCCAGACUGGAACAAGAUUACCAUUUGAAGUAUCGCUCAGGAUGGGAUCCACAUAGAGGGGCAGAUACUGUUUCCACUAAAUCCUCGGACAGUGAUGUAAGUGAUGUAUCUGCGGUUUCAAGGACUAGUAGUGCUUCUCGUUUCAGCAGCACAAGCUACAUGUCCGUCCAAUCAGAGCGGCCGAGAGGGAACAGGAAAAUCAGUGUCUUUACAUCCAAAAUGCAAAACAGACAGAUGGGCGUGUCAGGGAAGAACAUGACCAAAAGCACCAGCAUCAGUGGAGACAUGUGCUCACUGGAGAAGAAUGACGGCAGCCAGUCCGACACUGCUGUGGGCGCCCUGGGUACCAGUGGCAAGAAGCGGCGAUCUAGCAUUGGGGCCAAAAUGGUAGCUAUUGUUGGUCUCUCACGGAAAAGUCGCAGUGCCUCUCAACUCAGCCAAACGGAAGGAGGAGGUAAAAAGCUACGAAGCACUGUCCAGAGGAGCACAGAGACUGGGCUCGCAGUGGAGAUGAGGAACUGGAUGACGCGCCAGGCCAGCCGGGAGUCCACCGAUGGCAGCAUGAACAGCUACAGCUCAGAAGGAAAUCUGAUCUUCCCUGGGGUCCGCCUGGCCUCCGACAGCCAGUUCAGCGAUUUCCUUGAUGGGCUGGGCCCUGCUCAGCUAGUGGGACGCCAGACCCUGGCUACUCCUGCAAUGGGUGACAUUCAGGUGGGAAUGAUGGAUAAAAAGGGACAGCUGGAGGUAGAGAUCAUCCGGGCUCGCGGCCUCGUGGUCAAACCAGGUUCCAAGACACUGCCAGCACCGUAUGUCAAGGUGUAUCUGUUAGACAACGGAGUCUGCAUAGCCAAAAAGAAAACCAAGGUGGCGAGAAAGACACUGGAGCCCCUGUAUCAGCAGCUCUUAUCCUUCGAGGAGAGCCCCCAGGGAAAGGUGUUACAGAUCAUUGUCUGGGGAGAUUAUGGUCGCAUGGAUCACAAAUCCUUUAUGGGAGUGGCCCAGAUACUCUUAGAUGAACUGGAACUAUCCAACAUGGUGAUUGGAUGGUUCAAACUCUUCCCUCCUUCCUCCCUAGUAGAUCCAACCUUGGCACCUCUGACAAGAAGAGCUUCCCAAUCGUCUCUGGAAAGUUCUACUGGACCUUCUUACUCUCGUUCAUAGCAACUAUAAAACUGUUGUCACAACAACCAGCGAUACAAAAAAAUAAAAUAAACAGAAGAAAAUGCACAGGUGGAAACCCCUGGUAACACUG